UUAAUGCAGGUGGACAUGAUAAAACACAGCCUGUGCUGCCCAGUCCAGGAAUGUACAAGUUGGAUAUAUUACUGAAGAGAGGUCAUAAUCUAGCAAUAAGGGACAGAGGAGGAACAAGUGACCCAUAUGUGAAAUUCAAAUUAGGCAAGAAAGAAGUUUUUCGCAGCAAGGUCAUCUACAAGAACCUUAAUCCAGUGUGGGAUGAGAGAUUUUGCCUGCCCAUAGACAAUCUACGCGAGCCUCUUUAUAUUAAGGUUUUUGACUACGACUUUGGCUGUCAUGAUGACUUUAUGGGGUUGGCAUACUUGUACCUUGACUCACUGGAGCUCCGAAGACUUCUUGAUGUCAGAUUGGAUCUCCAGGAUUCCCAAUGCCCUAUGCAAGACCUCGGCUCUCUAGAACUAGCAGUUAUGCUGAGCCCCAAAGAUGGAUGGGAUAGAGAAGUGCAACAGCAGCAGAUUCAGCGACUGUCUGAAGUGCACAAGAAGUCUCAGCUGUGGAGGAGCAUGGUGAGCAUCAGUCUCAUAGAGGGUUGUGACCUCAUCCCUAUGGACCAGAACGGCCUUAGUGACCCCUAUGUCAAAUUCAAACUUGGCAAUGAAAAGUACAAAAGCAAGACCAUGCCUAAGACCCUGAACCCUCAGUGGAGGGAGCACUUUGAUCUGCAUGUGUUUGAUGAGGACGCGGGAGUCCUUGAGAUCUCAGUGUGGGACAAGGACCCAGGCAGGAGGGAUGACUUCAUGGGCCGGUGUGCCUUGGACUUGUCUACUUUGAGUAGGGAGCGGACCCAUAAGCUGGAGCUGGAUCUUGAGGAUGGACAAGGCCAGCUGGUGCUGCUGGUCACUCUCACGGCCUCCGCUGCUGUCUCUAUCUCCGACUUGUCCGUCAACCUGCUUGAUGACCCACACGAGUGCCAGCAGAUCCUUAACAAAUAUAGCUUGCUGAGGUCUUUCUGUAAUCUGAGUGAUAUUGGGAUUGUACAGGUGAAGAUAUUACGAGCUGAGGGUCUGAUGGCUGCCGAUGUUACAGGAAAGAGUGAUCCUUUUUGUGUAGUAGAACUGUGUAAUGAUCGUCUUCAGACUCACACAGUGUACAAGAAUCUCAAUCCAGAGUGGAAUAAAGUUUUUACUUUGAACGUGAAAGACAUCCAUUCGGUGCUGGAAGUCUCCGUUUACGAUGAGGACAGAGAUAGGAGUGCUGAUUUUCUGGGAAAAGUGGCCAUUCCGUUAUUAAAUAUCCACAAUGGCGAACAGAAGGCCUACGUCUUGAAAAACAAGGAGCUGACAGGGCCAACAAAGGGGGUCAUCUUCCUUGAAGCAGACGUCAUCUACAACAGCGUGAAAGCCAGCCUGCAGACCUUUGAGAAACCAGAACAGAAAUAUAUAGAAGAAGAAUCCAAAGUCUCCAAACAGUUGCUGCUGCAGAAUUUUAACCGAGUGAAGCGCUGCAUCAUGUUCCUCAUUAACCUGGGCUCCUAUAUCAACAGCUGCUUUGAGUGGGAGUCUCCCAGGAGGAGCAUUUGUGCUUUCCUGGCAUUUGUGUUGGUGGUUUGGAAAUUUGAGCUCUAUAUGGUUCCAUUGUCGCUGCUCCUCUUCCUGGGUUGGAACUUCUUCCUGCUGGCCUCUGGGAAAGAAACCCAAGAGGGCAGUGUGCAAGCAAUGGAGGACCUUCUUAAGAGUGAAGAUGAAGAAUGUGAAAAAGAUGAAAAGGACUCUGAUAAAAAGGGCUUCAUGGACAAGCUAUAUGCCAUUCAGGACAUAUGCAUCAGUGUACAGACAGCACUUGAUGAGGUGGCUUCCUAUGGAGAGAGAAUAAAGAACACUUUCAACUGGACUGUGCCUUUUCUUAGCUGGUUAGCCAUAGCAGCACUGUGUGUUGCCUCUUUGUUAGUGUACUUGAUUCCUCUGAGAUACAUUGUGUUGGUCUGGGGUAUCAAUAAAUUCACCAAGAAACUUCGUAACCCGUACUUUAUUGUCAACAAUGAGCUGUUGGACUUCCUCUCCAGAGUGCCCUCGGAUAUACAAGUGGUUCAGUACAAAGAGCUGAAGAUGGAACCUGGACAAAGCCCAAACAAGCGAAAGUAAAACAAUCCAUCCUAACUACAUUCUUAAUAUAUAAAGGUUCUUAAUGGAUCUUGGCUUGGACAUAUGGUUCUAGAAAAAACUGGUACAAUUGGUAUAAAACCUUUAUAUUUUAUUGAGGUUUGUUGACUUUGCACAUCUCAUAGACAUUUGGGUCCAUUUGGCACCUUUAUUUUUAAGAUUGUAUGUACUGGUACAUAAUCAGGGCUAAGCGUGCCAUGGUCCUGUUUGUCCAUUGCAAAGUGAGUUGUGUACAUGUUUGUUGAUUGUAGAAAAAAUGGAUUUUGCUUUGGAAAAUUAUCUCUUUAAUUGUCAGUGACUCAAUGUUUACUUUAAAAUGAUGUGAGCAUACCACAUGAAAAUUCUAGUUCUACCAAAGAACGAAGCUUAUACUAUUUAUACACAAUAAAUCAUCCAUGGCCAGUAAAGGAGGCCCUGUUUUCACUUAUAAAAGUAGCAGAUGUUGCUUUACUAUGACUGUAAUGUUGGUAAAGCAACAUGCUUUGUUUGUAACCCUUAUUUAUUUAACAGUUGUUAAAUGAAGACAGCUCUAAUUAAUACAUUUCUAGUCAAUAAAAUGUAAUUUUUGUAUAGACCAAUGGUAAAUGAGUUUCAAAUGUGAUGCAAUAUCAUUUUUUUUAUUGUUAUGAUUUUAUUAAUUAUUUAAUUUUUUUGUCACAUUUAGAACCAUCACAGCCAUCUAGUAGGAAUAUCAGUAAUAAAUACAAUUUCUAUAGUAGUAUAAAACACAGAAAGAGAAGUCAAGCACCAAAUAUGUUCCAAACAUUUAUGGGGGCUAAAAAAUAUUCAUAACGAGGAAGAGAGUGACAGUAAAUGCUAUAACCAAGGCAAUUGACAAAAGGGACCAAAAGCAAUUCUCUGUGUUGUUAGUUUCAGCCACAUGCUCUUUCAUCAAUGUCUUAUGUGCAUCGUGCUUAACUAGAGUUCAAAUAAGUGUUCCUAAUCUUGCAAUAAUGAAAAAGUAAAUGUUUCAUGUCCAUUCAUGUACAAGUUACUUUGUACUUUGUUAGUUUAUACAGUAGAAUUUCUGUUAACUGUCUGUGUUUUAACCUUUGAGCUUCCUGUUCAGAUAUUUAUACCUAUAAUCUGGGACUAGAAAAUUAAGUUU